AUGGUGUUAAAUUUAACCGAAACCGGAACGACUAGAGAAGUAGAUGGCCAAUUACAGGCAAAUACCGUAAGUCCAGCAAAUAUGCCCACAACAUCAACCGAAGGAAAAAGUGAUGCGAAAAAUCAAGACGAAAAGAAAGAGGGAAAUGCUGAGAAGGAGAAGGAAAAAGAGAAGAAGCAAUCGAAGAAGGAGUCGAAGGAGGAGGAGAAGAAGGAGGAGAAAGGCGAUCAGAAGAACGACGAGAAAAGCGAUGUGAAGAAAGAUUCGAAGGAUGAAAAAAAUGAUCAAAAGGAAUCAUCAAAUCCUGAUGAAAGUCGGUGA